GUUAGUACGGCUAGUCUAUUUUUGUACCAGCACCCUAGAACAAAGUCAUGACUACACAUACUGAUCGCGGCUAAAGCAGACAAGACAUCUUUUUUUCUCCGUGCUUCCUUUUCACGAGCAAGUCCAAGAAACUGAUACAGAUACUCCGACACGCGCGUACAACAGUAACAUUCUCCGGGCAAAGAUAAUUUCCGACCGGUUUUUCUAUUUCGUGUCGUGAAACGCAAUGACCAUCCGCUUUUAACAGUGGAACAUUUUCGAAAAGAAUUAUUACUCAAAUUUACGAUGUAUACACGCCGAAUGCGUCUAAGGAUUCUGCUUUUCCUACUUGUCAUAGUCUUCGGAUUCUUUUCAUUCGGAAAUGCAGCGUCCGCACAUAUACACACUCAUCAGCAUAACAAACCCAAUAGUAAUGAAAGAACCGAGGAUGGUGCAUUCAGUCCACGAGACAUGGACCACUAUGCUGGAGGAGAACAUCACCAAGAAUUUGACCAUGAAGCUAUCCUGGGAAGCGUGAAAGAAGCAGAGGAGUUUGACAAACUUCCCAUGAAGGAAUCUAAAAGACGUUUGGGAAUUUUAUUGACCAAAAUGGAUUUAAAUAAUGACAAAGUCAUUGAGAGGAAUGAACUGAAAGCAUGGAUUUUAAGAUCAUUUAGCAUGCUAUCUGCUGAGGAGUCUCAAGAUCGAUUGGAAGAUACUGAUGCAGAUGAAGAUGGUAAAGUCAGUUGGAAUGAAGUUCUUCAAGAUACAUAUGGCACAGAUCCAGAAGAUUUAGCAGUGGACGAUAAGCUUAUCACUGACGACAAGCAGACAUUUGAGGCUGCUGAUAUAAACAAAGAUGGUUACCUUGAUACAGAAGAAUUCAAAGCUUACACUCACCCUGAAGAAACACCUAGAAUGUUCCCACUUCUCCUGAAGCAAGCUUUGGUUGACAAAGAUACAGAUAAGGAUGGAUACAUUAGUUUCCAAGAGUUUAUUGGGAACAGAGCUAAAGCAGAGAACAAAGAAUGGCUGUUGAUAGAAAAAGAUAAAUUUGAUUAUGAACAUGACAAGAAUGGGGAUGGAAGAUUAGAUUCGGAUGAAAUACUUUCUUGGCUAGUACCUAGUAAUGAAGAAAUAGCUAGUGAUGAAGUGGAUCAUUUGUUCGCCGCAUCUGACGACGACCACGAUAAUAGAUUAUCCUUUGAUGAAAUUUUAGACCAUCACGAUGCCUUCGUUGGCAGCGAAGCAACAGAUUACGGAGAUCAUUUACAAGAUAUUGAGCGUUUCCAAGAUGAACUUUAAGAGUCGAUUCCUAGACACGUUAGCAAAAUCGUCAUUUUUCUUCAUAAUACCUAACAGAAAUUUACAUCUGUGAAAGUAUUUUUAAUACUCCUUAAUGCUA